CUCACGGGGCGCGGGAGACGUGUCACCGUAACAACAACGAGGACGCACGCCUCGGCCGCUCGAGGAUCGCUCUCUCUCCCGAGCCAGCACCGGUCGCCGUCGUCGCCGCUGCCGAAGCGAAACCGGCUUCGACGAUCGCAAGUUCGCCGGAGCACCGACAACCCGCGGCCACUCUAUGGUGACAGCAUGUGCGUUAGUCCGCUCAAGAGGAUAUGUCAUUGGGGACCGCUCUCGGCUCUGGGGAUCAUCAAGAUAAUCACGUUGAUGACGAUACACUGCAGCAGACAGUGGUGGUCGCCUCAGGAAAGUAUCCCGGGAGCAGCCAGCUUCCUGUUGUUUUUCUGCUUAAGCGGAUCCACCUUGUUCCACUUUAUCAGCGCGAUUUUCGAGGGUCCUGGAUACCUCACGUUAAAAUGGAUGCCGGAAAAAGCUACGGACACUCAAUACCUGCAAUAUUGCACUGUGUGCCAAGGAUACAAGGCACCGAGAUCACAUCAUUGUAGAAAAUGUGGUCGUUGCGUGAUGAAAAUGGACCAUCACUGUCCAUGGAUAAAUACAUGCGUCGGGCACUACAACCACGGCCACUUCACGGCAUUUUUAGCGAGUGCAGUUGGCGGUUGCUGCGUCUCCACCGUUAUACUGAUCUCCUGGGUGGCAACUGUGCUAUCCCUGAAGCCGCUGCCAUUUCCACCGCCAUCGGUUUACACAUUAAUAUUAGUAGUAUUUAGUAUUGGCUUAUCGAUCGGCGUUGUACUUGCGGUAGGGAUGCUACUAUACUUCCAGUUGUUGGCCAUCGUGAGAAACCGAACGGAAAUAGAAAAUUGGAUCUUGGUGAAAGCGCAGUAUCGGAGGAACGGUACCGAUACUAAGUACGUGUAUCCUUAUUCGAAAGGAUGGCACUUCAAUGUAAGUCAAGUUCUCACGUGGGACUGCACUCCCGUCGGCGAUGGCAUCACGUGGCCCGUUAUCGACGGUUGUGAUCAAUACACCUUGACGAGGGAACAACUCGCACAAAAAUUAGACAAACGGAAAAGAGCCCUUAGAUAUAGAAUCAUAAAGCCUGCAUCGGGAUCGAAGUUUCCAAUUACACACGGCUUCGGUGUAUUCUUCCAUCCACUUUGUACCGAUGAGUCUCGCAUCAAGUUAGAUGUAGGAGAUAUCGUAGUCGUGACGCGUUGGAAGAGAUAUUGGCUAUUUGGAGAAAAAGAGCAGAAAAGCGUGGGAGACGCGGGAAGAAGACGUAUCAGAGGAUGGUUUCCGCAGCUGUGUGCGAUCGAAGUAAUAGAAAACGAUUUAUACGGCACAGAGAACUUAUCCAAAGAUGAUUAAAUUUUGAAAUAUGUGUGAUAUAUACGCAAUAUAUUUAUGGAUAAGCGUGGACUCGCGAUACUGUUUGUAAUAAUUUUCCAUUUUAUUACGAUGCCCGAUGAAGAAUGCAGUGAACAUUACAGUUUAUUGUAAAGGAUUGCAUUUAUGUGUUCAAGAUGACUUAGUGCAUUUACUUGGAACCAUAGAUUUGGUUUCAAGUAGAUUUCUUGCGUCAUAUCCCUCUUACAUAGUGUACAAAUAUUUCUUUACCGAGAGAUUCCGAUAACCCGCUUUUAGCAUAAUAAUUUUGUUAUGCUUG